UCUCUCUCUCUCUCUCACAUUCUCUCUCUCUCUCUCUCUCUCACAUUCUCUCACAUUCUCUCUCUCUCUGUCUCUCUCUCUCUCUCUCUCUCUCUCUCUCGGCUCUGGUCAGAUGCUCAUCUGUACGUCCAUCGCUCUCCGUCUCUAACUGCAGCGCUCUCUCUCUCUCUCUCUCUCUCUCUCUCUCUCACACACAUUCUCUCUCUCUCUCUCUCAUUCUCUCUCUCUCUCUCUCUCUCUCUCUCUCUCUCGGCUCUGGUCAGAUGCUCAUCUGUACGUCCAUCGCUCUCCGUCUCUGACUGCAGCGCUCUCUCUCUCUCUCUCUCUCUGCACCAGGCUGUUCCAGCUGCUGCAGCAGGAGGAGGUCCGGAGCGCGUCAGGAGCCAUGUCGAUCAGGGAAGUCCACGCUCGUGAGAUCCUGGACUCCCGGGGCAACCCCACUGUGGAGGUCGACCUGCAGACUGACAAAGGUCUGUUCCGAGCUGCUGUCCCCAGCGGGGCCUCCACUGGGAUCUACGAAGCUCUCGAACUGCGAGACAAUGACAAGUCCCGUUACAUGGGGAAAGGGGUCCUUCAGGCUGUCAGGCACAUUAACCAGGUGAUCGGACCCUCUCUCAUUGCGAAGGAUAUCCCUGUGACCGAUCAGGAGCGCAUCGACCAGCUCAUGUUGGACCUGGACGGGACAGAGAACAAGUCCAGGUACGGGGCGAACGCCAUCCUCGGGGUCUCUCUGGCGGUCUGCAAGGCGGGGGCUGCGGAGAAGGGAAUCCCCCUGUACCGCCACAUCGCGGAGCUGGCCGGCAACUCCGAGGUGGUCCUCCCGGUCCCGGCCUUCAACGUGAUCAAUGGCGGCUCGCACGCCGGGAACAAGCUGGCCAUGCAGGAGUUCAUGAUCCUGCCGGUGGGGGCCGAGAGUUUUGCCGAGGCGGUGCGCAUCGGGGCCGAGGUGUACCACACCCUGCGCGGGGUCAUCUGCGACAAGUACGGCCGGGACGCCACCAACGUCGGUGAUGAGGGCGGCUUCGCUCCCAACAUCCUCGAGAACUCGGAAGCUCUGGAGCUACUCCAGUCGGCCAUCGCCAAGGUGGGCUACACGGACAAGGUGGUGAUCGGAAUGGACGUGGCCGCCUCCGAGUUCUACCGGGACGGGCGCUACGACCUCGACUUCAAGUCCCCCGACGACCCCGGCCGCUACAUCAGCGCAGACCAGCUGGCCGACCUGUAUCACAGCUUCAUCAGCCAGUACCCAGUGGUGUCCAUUGAGGACCCCUUUGACCAGGAUGACUGGGAGGCCUGGUCCAAGUUCACGGCCGACGCGGGCAUCCAGGUGGUGGGGGACGACCUGACCGUCACCAACCCCCGGCGCAUCGAGAAGGCGGUGGACGCCCGCGCCUGCAACUGCCUCCUGCUCAAAGUCAACCAGAUCGGGACCGUCACCGAGUCUAUCCGGGCGUGUAAGCUGGCUCAGACCAGUGGCUGGGGCGUGAUGGUCAGUCACCGAUCCGGGGAGACCGAGGACACCUUCAUCGCUGAUCUUGUCGUCGGGCUGUGUACCGGACAGAUCAAAACAGGGGCACCCUGUCGAUCCGAACGCCUGGCAAAGUACAACCAGAUGCUCAGGAUCGAGGAGGAUCUCGGCGACCAAGCUCGUUUCGCCGGACACAACUUCCGUAAUCCCAGCGCCAUCUGAGGCCGGAGGCUGGAAAAGAGGGAGAGGCAUCCCUCCCGCCAUCGCCAAGGGUCGGCGUUAGGGUGUACCCUGGUGUCCCUCCUCCCUCCCUCACUCACUCACCUCCAUGCCUCCCCUGACUUAUUCUCUCACACUCUCCCUCCUUUCUUUCCCUCACAGCAGCCCUCUUCCCUCAUUCCCACCUCUCCUCUUACCUCUCUCCUCCUUCUCUUCCUCCUCUCCCUCCUCUCCCUCCUCUCCUCCUCUCCCUCCUCUCCUCCUCCCCCUCGCUCCUCUCCUCUUCCCCCUCUCCUUCCUCUUCCCCCUCCUUCCUCUUCUCUUCCCUCCUCUCGUCCUCCCUCUCCUCUCCACCUCCUUCUCUCCCUCCUCCUCCCACUCUCCCUCUCAUUCUCCAAUUCCUUCCCUCCCUCCUCUCUUCCCCGGCUCCCUCCAUUCCUCCGUCUCUCCCUCCUCUCCACCUCCUUCUGUCCCUCCUCUCUUCCCUCUGUCCGUCCUCUCCCCUCCCUCUCUCCAACUCUCCCUCCCAUUCUCCAAUUCCUCACCCCUCCCCUCUUCCCCCUCUCUCUCCUCUCAUUCUCCCUCUCUCCCCUCUCCUCCUGCUUCACUUCCUCCUUUCCCUCCUCUCCUCCACCCUCUGCCCCUCCUCUCCACCUCCCUCCCUCCCUCCGUCCUUCCAAACCUCCGUCAAAUCCUCCUUCUCCCCUUUCCCUCCCUCACUUAGCGUCCCACCCCUCCUUCCCUCCCUCCCUCGACUCCCCUUCCCCCUACCCCGCCAUCCGCUCUCGCCUCAGGCCGUGGCUUCAACCCACGAGCCCCCGUCCCCCUCGCACAUCGGCCCGCCCCCGCCUCCCCAACACCGGCCGCUCUCAGCACUCCGGUCCCAGGCUGCGGCCUCCCGGUUCAGCCUCGCCGCCUCUCCCUUGGCCUCCUGUUGCUCGUCUCCCCCGCCCGUGCCCCGCGUUGCGUGUUCGCGUGUCCCCUCGCCGGCGCGGUCCCGGCAGCCGACUUGUCCGCGCGUAAAACGUGGAUCCGCUCAUUAAAGUGUUGGCCUGAAUAA